GGGAAAUAGUGUCGACUAAACACACUCAGUAACGCGGAGACAGAGAGAGAACCAGACCAAGAAAAGAGAUAAAGCUUCUUGGUUGGUUCAUCCCUUUGCUUCGUUGUUGUUGUUGUUGCUGUGAAAGAACAACGAGAACAAGAACAACAAGAAGGUGUUGAUUUUGAUGCGAUGAGCGCACAAGGGCAAGGGCAAGUGAUUGAGGAGGCGGUGCUGGACGACAUAAUCCGGCGACUCACGGAGGUCCGUUUGGCCCGACCGGGGAAGCAGGUUCAGCUCUCUGAGGCGGAGAUCAAGCAGCUUUGUGUCGCUUCCAGAGAGCUCUUCAUUCAGCAGCCCAAUUUGCUCGAACUUGAAGCACCCAUUAAGAUUUGUGGUGACAUUCAUGGGCAGUACAGUGAUUUGUUGAGGCUCUUUGAGUAUGGGGGUUUGCCUCCAAGUGCUAAUUAUCUCUUUUUAGGGGACUAUGUGGAUCGUGGGAAGCAGAGCUUAGAAACCAUAUGUCUUUUGCUUGCUUAUAAAAUCAAAUAUCCUGAAAACUUUUUCCUUUUGAGGGGGAAUCAUGAGUGUGCUACCAUUAACAGGAUAUAUGGAUUUUAUGACGAAUGUAAGCGGAGGUUUAAUGUCAGGCUUUGGAAAGCCUUUACGGACUGUUUUAACUGCCUUCCUGUGGCAGCCCUUAUAGAUGAUAAGAUAUUGUGCAUGCAUGGUGGUCUUUCCCCUGAACUCACAAACUUGGAUCAAAUCAGGAAUCUACCCCGUUCAACUCCUAUUCCAGACACUGGUUUGCUUUGUGAUUUGCUUUGGUCUGAUCCGGGUAGAGAUGUGAAAGGUUGGGGUAUGAAUGACAGAGGAGUCUCGUACACCUUCGGUCCCGAUAAGGUGUCUGAGUUUUUGACAAAGCAUGACUUGGACCUUAUUUGUCGUGCUCAUCAGGUUGUUGAGGAUGGGUAUGAAUUCUUUGCCGACAGGCAACUUGUUACGAUAUUUUCAGCUCCAAACUACUGUGGUGAAUUUGACAAUGCUGGUGCAAUGAUGAGUGUGGAUGAGAACUUGAUGUGCUCUUUCCAGAUUCUUAAGCCUGCAGUGCAAAAAACAAAGUUCGUGAUGCCAAACAAGAUUUGAUGGUUGGCUUAUCACUAUUGCUUAAUGAACUAAGAUUACAGAUUGGAUGAAGAUUCAGAUUUCAUGGUCAGUUUUAUCCAUCCUGAGGUGGUGACACGACGAGAAAAUUUAGUGCUAUGAUCAAUCCAGCCAGGCAGUGAGCAUAAUCUACUAGUUAUAGGAUUUUAAGAACUGCUGGAUGGCCUUAAAAACAGAGUUUUUCUUUUCUUUUCUCUUUAACUUUCUUUUUAAUUAUUCUACGACACAAUAUGUACAUAAUGUGUCGUAGAUGACAUUGGGAAGUGACCUCCUUUGCUGUGAAAGGUCAUCUGAUUAUUAGACUAUAUAGAGCAGUUUAUGUUGAUGAAUCUUGCCAAUUUUAUUCUGAUAGUGAAGAUGCGAUUACUGGA